ACAGAUAUGAAAGGAAAUCUAAAUGAAACAAUUUAAUGGAACUGCAGGGUUGCUCCUAAUAAUAAUAAUAAAAAAUAAAAAAACAGAAGAAAAAAACACACAGAGAGAGGGAGAGAGAUAUGGGCGACAGAGAGCGCAUCCGUCUGCGCAGGAGCUGCGUCUGUGCGCGCUUUCCUGAGAAAAAGGCGCAGGCGGCGAUGCUGGUAAAACGUGUUUUGUCGAAUUGAAAGACGCAGGCUGACAAACACCAAGCGCACUCUUGAAGAAACCGUGGGAAGGUGGGAACAGUGGGAAGGAUGCUGCGCUUAGGACAGACUGUUGUAGCCUGCCAAGUAGAGGGGAGGCAAGGACCGGAGCGGAAGCGACCUACUGCAGCCGAUGGACAAAAGCACCUGCUUCAGAGGAAGACUCCGCAUUAUUUUCUGCAUCUUUACUUUGUUUAAUAAAUAGAUUUGUCGCUCAAGAUUUAUAUCCGGAAUCUAGCGUGGGAAAUAAGGGCGCCAUGAAACUGGGGGACUCAUCAACGCCGCUGCUCUACAUAGGCAUGGAGGUGCUGAUAGCUGUCGCCUCUGUGAUCGGUAAUGUGAUGGUGGUUUGGGCGGUGAAAAUUAAUAAGUCUCUGCGAGACACCACGUUUUGCUUUGUUGUGUCCCUGGCUGUGGCGGAUAUUGCAGUAGGAGCGCUCGUCAUCCCACUGGCCAUCACGGUCAGCAUCGGACUUCAGACUCACUUUUACAGCUGUCUGCUCGGGACGUGCACCAUGCUGGUGUUGACGCAAAGUUCAAUCCUGGCCCUGCUGGCCAUCGCGAUUGACCGCUAUCUCAGGGUCAAGAUCCCGACCAGGUACAAGCGGGUGGUGACCUCUCGGCGGGCUGGCCUGGCUGUGGUGAUAUGCUGGACGGUGGCGUUCAUUGUGGGACUGACACCCAUGUUGGGCUGGAACAAUCUGAAGCACCUCCAGCAGAACGGCACAAUCGGCUCGAACCUCGUCAUCACCUGCCAGUUUGAAAAUGUAAUCAGUAUGGACUACAUGGUUUACUUCAACUUCUUUGGCUGUGUGCUCCCGCCACUGCUGCUCAUGCUGGUCAUAUACGUGGAGAUCUUUUACAUGAUUCACAAGCAACUUAACAAGAAAAUGACCUCCAGCUACUCAGACCCCAACAAGUACUACGACAAAGAGUUGAAUCUUGCCAAAUCUCUGGUUCUGGUGCUUGUUCUGUUUGCCAUUAGCUGGCUUCCUCUUCAUAUAAUCAACUGUAUCACACUCUUCUGCCCCCAGUGCAACAAUCCAAUGGUUCUGCUCUACAUCGCCAUUCUGCUCACUCACGGCAACUCCGCUGUAAACCCAGUCAUCUAUGCUUUUCGCAUCAAAAAGUUUCGCAUGACAUUUCAGAAAAUCUGGCAGCAGUACGUCUGCUGCAAGGAGACACUGGUGCUGGACUUCCAGCAAAGUGACAGAAAAGACAUGCCCAAUCUGCAGCCCGCUCAUGUGGGGGACUUUAAAUCUUAUCCUCCACUAGAGCUGCAACUGCAGCAGGCUCCACUGGAGCUCCAGGACGAGCAGAGGCUUAAAACACCUCAGCAAACGUAUAAACUUCACCCUUUCAUGGAGCAGAACGCAGCCUGAGCAAAGGAGAAAAUCAGAUGGUUAAAGAAGUAACCUCUUGUUCACAAGUAGUGGCUCUCCUAAUUUGAAUGUAUUUUGAUGGGAAUCAUGGACUGCAGCACAGGGCUGUGAAGCCUCUGUUAUGAGCAACAUGGGUCUCUGGAAGACAAUUCAUCAUUCCUCAGGAAGAGCAUACAAGCAUAAAACAAUGCAGGAAAUAUACUAAGAAGCCUGCAACAAUGAAAGUCUAUUUGAUUGUGUGUUCAUCUUAGUAACAUACUGAGACCACGAAGCAUUAACUGUUUUAUGCUUAUUGGUGAAAGAGUUUGUGUGAACAUUAGAAAAUGUGCAAUAUGUUAUUGUGGUUUUUCAGUAUCGAAACCUUUGUUACAACUUGCCUGAACAUUUCUACAUCCAAUAGAGCAGGGCAAUCGUACAACUUUAAUACUCUUCAUAUUUUGACUCUGGCUAUACAAAUACGAAUGUAAUUGUGUAAAUAUGAGACUACAUUCAGCUGUGAAUACAGAACUAAUCUUCAGGGUCUAAAUUGCACAACAAUUGUGUGCAGGAUAGAAUACUGUAAUAAUGAGGCGAAGAAAAUGUUUUAUAAGCAGUUACUGUCUCUCCUCUGGAGCUCAGGCCUUAGGUGAUCCAACCACAGUUUUUCCAUUGCAGAAGAUAUGGACGGGGAUACAAAAAAGCACAGAGAGGUUUUAAAAUUUUAAAAGCCACAUGCAGGACACUUGUAGCAGCUCAUGGGGGAAAACACAAGAUGCUUUUAGAUCUCAUGUUUGUUCAGCCUCCAUGUCAAUAUGUUGUGAGUGCAAAGUUUUCUUAUCUCCUUUUCAUCAUUGCUUCAUGAACAUUUACCAUCACCGAAUGUGGCUUUCAUGGCCUUGUUCAAACAUUUAACCAACACUGGGUCAAUUCUAAAAUGUCAACCAGAAGAUUGUGAGUAUUCCCUAACCUGUAAGCUUAUUUUGUUUUUGCAUAUUGCCAAACUGAAGCAUCUUUACAUUGAUAAUUAAACUAUAUCCAAUGCCUCUUAAACACACUGUAUGAGAA